AGGAACUUUUCACAGACAUCAAACAGUUAAAACAGAUUCUAGAGAUGCGGUAAAGACCAGGAAAAAAUUAUGUGAAUCAUUUUCUUCUAAAUAAGGAGACCAGUGGAUUAAAUGUGUUUCUAGAUUGCUUGCUUCAAAUUUCUCAAAACGAGAUGAAUAAGAGGGAGAUAAGUACGUGUCAACAAACUUGGGCCUUAUUAUGCAAGAACUUCCUUAAAAAAUGGAGAAUGAAAAGAGAGUCCUUAAUGGAAUGGUUGAGCUCACUACUCCUAUUACUUUUUUUGUACCUAUAUCCUAAUAUUCAUGAAGUUAAUGAUUUUUCUUCACUUCCUACCAUGGACCUGGGACGGGUAGAUUCGUUUAGCGAAUCUACGUUUACGAUUGCAUACACGCCUUUCACCAAUACAACCCAACAGAUAAUGGAUAAAGUUGCCUCAACCUCCUUUAUGAAAGGUGAAGAAGUCUUGGGACUGUCUGAUGAAGAAAGUAUUAAAAAAUUAACAGCAAAUUAUCCUGGAGAAAUAGUAAGAGUCAUCUUUACUAAUACAUUCUCAUAUCAUUUGAAAUUCUCACUGGGACGCAGAAUUCCAACAAUGAAGGAACACGGAGACCAUACAGCUCACUGUUAUAAAAUAAACAACAGUGAUGUUGACUGCGGUGUUACAGAAUUCUGGAAGAAAGGUUUUGUGGCUCUUCAAGCUGCCAUCAAUGCUGCUAUUAUAGAAAUCACAACAAAUCACUCAGUGAUGGAGGAAUUAAUGUCAGUUACUGGGAAAAAUAUGAAGAUUCAUCCCUUCAUUAGUCAAGAAGGGUUAAUUACUGAUUUCUUCGUGUUCUUCUGCAUUAUUUCCUUUUCCCCAUUCAUUUACUAUGCAUCGAUUAAUGUUACAAGAGAGAGGAAAAGGAUGAAGGGCUUGAUGACAAUGAUGGGCCUUCAAAAUUCAGCGUUCUGGCUCUCUUGGGGUUUGCUCUAUGCUGGUUUCAUCUUCAUUACAGCCUUUUUCUUGGCACUUACUAUAAAAUCUGUCCAGUUUGUCAUUCUGACUGGCUUCACGGUGGUCUUCAUCCUCUUUCUCCUCUACGGAUUGUCUUUGAUAGCUUUGGCUUUUCUAAUGAGCGUCUUGAUAAAGAACUCUUUCCUCACUGGACUGGUCGUGUUCCUUCUCACCGUCUUUUGGGGGAGUCUGGGCUUCAUGGCAUUGUACAGGCAGCUUCCUGCAUCCUUGGAGUGGACUUUAAGUUUCCUUAGCCCCUUCGCCUUCAUGCUCGGAAUGGCCCAGCUUUUACAUGUGGACUAUGAUUUGAAUUCUAAUGCGUUUCCCAAUUCGUCAAACAACUCAAGAGAAAUAAUAGCAACGAAUUUGAUGUUGGCUUUUGAUAUUUUCCUCUAUCUGGCAUUGACGAUUUAUUUUGAAAAAAUUUUGCCGAAUGAAUACGGACAUCGCAAUUCACCCUUGUUUUUCCUGAAGACCUCAUUUUGGUCACGACAACGUAAGCCUGAUGAGGUGGCCUUUGAAGAUGAAAUGGAUGUCAAUCCUUCAUCUAAUGACUCCUUUGAACCAGUAUCUCCAGAAUUCCACGGGAAAGAAGCCAUCAGAAUCAGAAAUGUUACAAAAGAAUAUAAAGGAAAGCCUGAUAAAAUAGAAGCUUUGAAAGAUCUAGUAUUUGACAUAUAUGAAGGCCAAAUCACUGCAGUACUUGGUCACAGUGGAGCUGGAAAAUCAACACUCUUAAACAUUCUUAGUGGGUUGUCUGUUCCCACUAAAGGUUCAGUCACCAUGUACGAUAAUAAACUUUCAGAAAUGGCUGACCUAGAAAACAUCAGCAAGCUCACUGGAUUUUGCCCACAAUCCAAUGUACAAUUUGACUUCCUCACAGUGAGAGAAAAUCUCAGGCUGUUCGCUAAAAUAAAAGGGAUUCUGCCACAUGAAAUGGAUAAAGAGAUACAAAGAGUUUUGCUGGAAUUGGAAAUGAUUAAUAUUCAGGACAUCCUUGCUCAAAAUUUAAGUGGUGGACAGAAGAGAAAGCUCACCUUUGCGAUUGCCAUUUUAGGAGAUCCUCAGAUUUUCCUACUGGAUGAACCAACUGCUGGAUUGGAUCCUUUUUCAAGGCACCAAGUGUGGAACUUCCUGAAGGAGAGGAAAACAGACCAUGUGAUCCUGUUCAGUACCCAGUUCAUGGAUGAGGCUGACCUCCUGGCUGACAGGAAAGUGUUUCUCUCCAAGGGGAAGCUGAAGUGUGCAGGCUCUUCUCUGUUUCUGAAGAAGAAAUGGGGGAUCGGAUAUCACUUAAGUUUGCAAUUGAAUGACAUGUGCGUUCGAGAAAAAAUAACGUCACUUGUUAAACAGCACAUCCCUGAAGCCAAAUUAUCAGCAGAAAGUGAAGGAAAACUUGUCUAUACAUUGCCCUUAGAAAGAACAAAUAGAUUUCCAGAACUUUAUGAGGAUCUUGAUCGCUGUCCUGGCCUUGGCAUUGAGAAUUAUGGUGUUUCCAUGACAACUUUGAAUGAGGUGUUCCUCAAACUGGAAGGAAAAUCAACUAUUGAAGAACCAGAUAUUGCCACGUUGGGAGAAGUACAAGCAGAAAGAGCUGCAGACACAGAAAGGCUUGUGGAGAUGGAACAAAUUCUCUCUUCACUUAAUGAGACUACAGACAUAAUAGGCGGUAUGGCUCUGUGGAGACAGCAGAUCUGCACAAUUGCAAGGGUUCGCUUAUUAAAGUUAAAGCAUGAAAGAAAAGCUCUUUUAUCACUGCUAUUGAUUCUAGGAAUUGGAUUUUGCCCUGUGCUUUUGGAGUAUAUCAUCUUGAAAAUAUACCAAAGCAGUUACACGUGGGAACUUUCUCCUCAAUUAUACUUCCUUGCUCCUGGACAGCAGCCAUGCGAUCCUCUCACUCAAUUAUUAAUCAUCAAUAAAACAGGAGCAAGCAUUGAUGACUUUAUACAUUCUGUGGAGCAUCAGAACAUAGCUUUGGAAGUGGAUAUAUCAGGAACUAGAAAUGGCCUAGAUGAUCCAUCAUAUAAUGGAGCCAUCAUUGUGUCUGGUCAUGAAAAGAAUUACAGCUUUUCAUUAGCAUGCAAUACCAAAAGACUGAAUUGUUUCCCCGUUCUCAUGGAUAUUGUUAGCAAUGGGCUACUUGGAAUGGUUAAACCAUCAGCACAUAUCCAAACUGACAGGAGUACUUUUUUUGAGGAACAAAAUAACCCAUUUCAGUUCCUGUUCCCUGUCAUGUCCUGGUUGAUUCUGGCAUCCAGUUGUGCUCCUUAUAUUGCUAUGAGCAGCAUUGAUGAUUCUAAGAACAAAGCUUGGUCCCAGCUGCGAAUUUCGGGGCUCUUCCCUUCUGCUUACUGGUUUGGACAGGCGCUGGUGGAUGUCCCAAUGUACUGGUUGAUAUUCCUUUUUAUGUACUUAAUAGACUACAUUUUGAGCAUCCAAAUUUCUCUAUUGAAAAGUAUAAUUCAGAUUAUGCAGAUCCCAUGUGCUCUUGGUUAUGCCACAUCGCUUAUCUUCUUUACAUAUAUAAUUUCAUUCAUUUUUCGCAAGGGGAGAAAAAACAGUGGCGUUUGGUCUUUUUGCUUCUUUAUUAUCACCUUCUUCUCUUUGGCUAUGCUCCUGGUGGAUAACUACGAAUAUGCUUCGCUGUAUGUUGUCACCUUUUUAAUACCACACGCCACAUUACUUGGCUGUAUGCUCCUACCUUUUCGUCCAUUCCUUCAUUUUAUCAUCUUUGUUUUUAUUCUUCGAUGUCUGGAAUGGAAGUUUGGAAAGAAAUUGAUGAGAAAGGAUCCCGUCUUUAGAAUUUCUCCAAGGAGCAGCGAUGUAUGUAAAAAUCCAGAAGAGCCAGAAGGGGAGGAUGAAGAUGUUCAGGAAAAUGCCUUGAAUUCCACAAACUUUGAUGAGAAACCAGUCAUCAUUGCCAGCUGUUUACGCAAAGAGUAUAUAGGGAAGAGGAAACACUGCUUUUCCAAGAGGAAGAAGAAAACAGCCACAAGAAAUGUCUCUUUCUGUGUUAGAAAAGGCGAGGUUUUAGGAUUAUUAGGACACAAUGGAGCUGGUAAAAGUACAUCCAUUAAGAUGAUAAGUGGAGACACAAAACCAACUGCUGGACAGGUGCUUCUAAAAGGCAGCAGCGAGGGGGACGACCUGGGGUUUCUGGGGUACUGUCCUCAAGAGAACGCGCUGUGGCCCAACCUGACGGUGAGGGAACAUCUGGAGGUGUUCGCCGCCGUGAAAGGCCUGAGGAAAGCGGACGCCGCUGUCGCCAUCACACGGUUGGUGGGUGCGCUCCAGCUGCAGGACCAGCAGAAGCGGCCGGUGAAGGCCUUGUCGGAGGGAAUAAAGAGAAAGCUGUGCUUCGCGCUGAGCAUCCUGGGCAACCCGCCGGUGGUGCUGCUGGACGAGCCGUCCACCGGGAUGGACCCCGAGGGGCAGCAGCGGAUGUGGCAGGCGAUCCGGGCCACCUUUAAAAACACGGGGAGAGGCGCCCUCCUGACCACCCAUUACAUGUCAGAGGCUGAGGCCGUGUGUGACCGCGUGGCCAUCAUGGUGUCCGGAAGGCUGAGAUGUAUCGGCUCCAUCCAGCACCUGAAGAGCAAAUUUGGCAAGGUUUACCUGCUGGAGACGAAGGUGAAGACCCCCACACAAGUGGAACCCCUCCACAGCGAAAUUCUGAGGCUUUUCCCCCAGGCUGCUCGGCAGGAAAGGUACUCGUCUCUGAUGGUCUACAAGUUGCCGGUGGAAGAUGUACGACCUUUAGCCCAAGCUUUCUUCAAACUAGAGACUGUUAAACAGAGCUACGACCUGGAGGAGUACAGCCUAUCGCAGUCCACUCUGGAGCAGGUUUUCUUGGAGCUCUCCAAGGAGCAGGAGCUGGAGAAUUUUGAUGAUGAACUUGACCCCUCGGUGAAAUGGAAGCUGCUCCCGCAGGAAGAGCCUUGAGGCUCCAGAUACCCUGUGUUUCCAUUCGAGCCUUUGGUUGAUUUUUAAGACAUUUAUUUUUAUAGCAUCAAUGUAUAUUUUUAGAAAUCAUAUUAUAAACACUGACAUAUUUUUUUCAUGUGGUAGAGAGGAGGAGUGAGUGCUGGGCCAACGCAGUGACCACAUGGACAGAGACACUUAACUAAGCCCACCUACCUGCCAGUCACGGCAUCUGUA